AUGGCGGCGGACAUGCGCUCCCCGAACGUGUCCGUGACGCCAAUCAACGUGCCCGGGCAUGGCGAGCCGCUGGACAGCUCCGACGCCGAGGUGGCGCAGAUCGACUUCCAAUCCAGCGUCAGCGUCAACAUGCGCCACAAAAUCAAACGCGAGUGCACGCCGAGCGGCAUCGCAACCUCCACCUCGACAAACACCGAAAUUGUCCCUCGCCCAAUGUCCUGGGAGGGUGAACUCUCCGACGGCGACAACGACGAAAACGAUGAAAACAAACUCGACAUGUGCGUGGAUGACGACACACACAGUCACCUGCUACCCGAGAACCUCUCCAUGCAUCAUCACACAUUAGAACGGCAGUCAUCAAUCACCUCAGCGGAUUCUUCAAAAGAAUCACCCAUAAUGCGGCUGAAACAAUCACACAGUGCUAGUUAUUCGCUACAUUCAACACCUAGUAACUCACCAUUGUUAUCACAACGCCAUCCGUUGCCGUCGAUGGUCCCUAAAGACCUGGUGCACAAAGCGUUGAAUGUCCCACCGACGCCAAGCCCGGAUUCCGCUGUGCAUUCGGCGUAUUCGGUGUUUUCAUCGCCGACGCAAAGUCCGCUUACGCAGAGACAUGUUACGCUUACACCGAAUCUCAGCAGGAAUAACAGCGACGCAUCACACUCAAGCUGCUGUUCUUACAGUAGUGUAUCGGUGUCCGUGUCACCGACACAACAAUUCUCACCGACGCAUAGUCCUAUCCAAGGGAGACACAUGCCGAAUAUACAUAGCUCACCUCUGCAUCAUAAUGUGUUGUAUCGCAGCCUGCAGGACGACUCAAACACGCAGUUUACCACUUCGUCCGCCUCCGAACAGGAUAACGAUGAUAAUAUUGUGGAUGACAAGACGUUGAUUCAUAGUUCUCUGCCGGCACAGCCCGGAAUUUCACGCCAGCAGUUGAUAAACAGUCCGUGUCCGAUUUGUGGCGAUAAAAUCUCCGGAUUUCACUACGGAAUCUUCAGCUGUGAGUCCUGCAAAGGUUUCUUCAAGCGAACGGUGCAGAACCGCAAGAAUUACGUGUGUUUACGCGGCGCUGUGUGUCCGGUAACAGUGGCGACGCGUAAAAAAUGUCCGGCUUGCCGGUUUGAGAAGUGCUUGCAAUGCGGGAUGAAACUAGAGGCUAUACGUGAGGAUCGCACGCGUGGUGGACGCUCCACUUACCAGUGUUCGUAUUCCCUUCCGCCGUCGCUGGCGAAUCAUCCGGAACUACGCGCGAGUUCGAGUGAUCUGCGGCAUGGCGCUGUCGGGCAAGAUGGCGGCUCGAUGGGCGGGUUCAGUAUAAAGAUGGAGCCACUGGAGGCUGGUUUACCGCUCGGAAAGAAGCGACAUAGUGUCCCACCGUUAUUGCAAGAAAUAAUGGACGUGGAACAUUUAUGGCAUUACAGUGAGCUGGAACUAAACAAGCUGAACACCGAAGGUAGUCUGGGCCGUGAGGGAAGUAGUGGUGCCGUACAUAACCUGCAUAUGCAUCCAUUACUCGCUGGAACAGCGCUGGCGGGUUCCACCGAUACGAAUCCUGACUUCGUUGCGAAUCUGUGCAAUAUCGCCGACCAUCGGCUGUACAAAAUCGUCAAAUGGUGCAAGAGCUUGCCAUUAUUUAAGAAUAUCUCCAUUGACGAUCAAAUCUGCCUGCUGAUCAACUCCUGGUGCGAACUGCUGUUGUUCUCGUGCUGUUUUCGCUCAAUGGCGACGCCGGGCGAGAUCCGCGUGUCGCUCGGCAAGAGUAUUACUCUAGCGCAGGCACGCGACCUUGGUAUGCACGCGUGCAUCGAGCGCAUGCUCAACUUCACCGAGCAUCUGCGGCGGCUGCGCGUCGACCGAUACGAAUAUGUUGCCAUGAAAGUUAUAGUAUUAUUAACUUCAGAUACGUCUGAAUUACGAGAGGCUGAAAAAGUGCGCGCGUCGCAGGAGAAAGCGCUCAAGGCGCUGCAAGACUACACGCUAACGCACUAUCCUGAAAGUCCUGCCAAAUUCGGUGAAUUGCUGUUGCGAAUACCCGAAUUGCAAAGAACUUGUCAGGUUGGAAAAGAAAUGUUAACGAUAAAAUCAAAAAAUGACGAGGGACCAAGCUUUAAUCUACUGAUGGAACUCCUGCGCGGUGAUCACUGAAUGAAGAAAACGGAAAAUCGAAAAGGAGACGUGCCUUAAUCGCUUUAUGGUGGCGGGUUGAUUACUUACAGACAGUAUUUUUUACGAUUUUUUUUUUAUGUCUAGAAAUUUAAGUUUGCGUUAAGUAUCGAAUAUUUUUCUAUAAGGAGAUAAUUUAAAAUGUUACACUAGCUUUAAGCGAGCGGAGAUUGAUGAGAACGUACGUACUUAUGAAACAUUUCGGACACAAUUCGAACAAAACAAAAUUAAAAUCGAAAAAUGAAUCAAAAUUACAUCGAGCUAUUUAAAACACAUGCAUAAAUGUACAUACAAUUUAUAUACAUACUUUUUAUAUACACCCAGCUAGGCUAAGAUGAAGAAAUAUUUUUUAUUGGUAUAUAUAUACACGAUGUAUGAGAGAUUUAAAGUUUAGACCGUUGUUGCUCACAUGAUACACGCUUAAUCAUAUGGUAGAAAUGUGAUGGCAACGGUCCGAACUAAAAACUUCUGGAAAAUCAUUUGCUUUGUAUCAAAUACAAGCAAAUACUUAAUCUCAUUCCAUUACUUGUAGGCGACCACUCGGAACAUACUUAAUUUAUAUACGAAUUAUGAAGUUUGUGCCAAUUUUGAUGAUGAAAACGUAUACAAAAUAUCGAAGCAAGCAAGAGACUUUCUCGGAGGCCUUUAUAACCCUAAUCGACGUUCACGCGCUGUACAAACGUAUAUCAACCCUUAUAACAUUUACUAUAAACUCUUUACACGCAACGGUAAUCAAAAUAUUUAACGAAACAAAAAAAACGGAACAAUGACUGUCAAAGUGUGAAACGCUUAUACGUACCGACCGCAUACGUAUUUUUGAUACAACGUGUAAUUUUGCUAGCGAUUUUACAACGCAAACGAACUUUUGUAAUAAACUUUUCAUAAUUA